GAGAGAGCAAGAAAGAGAGAGAGCAGAAGAGAAUAUCAGACAGAGAGGUUUUUGACGAGGUACGGAAAUACCUCUUUCACCUAGGCUUUUAAUGGACUGAAUACAUCUCUCUCUCUCUCUCUCUCUCUCUCUCUCUCUCUCUCUCUCUUUAUCUCUGCCAUAAGCAGGAACACACUGCACAUUUUGAAACAGCAAUUUGUUUGAGGAGCUGACAGUAGGGCUGUCCGUUUAGCAUGGGACAAAAGCGUGGGACAAGAAUGAAGGUACAAGACCGUGAUCCAGCCGGUUACCAGGAGCAGGAGACCAACGCACAGACAGGGGGCAGUAGAGCAUCAGACAUAAGUGCAUCCUAUGCACAGCAGGGAUUCCUCUCAGGGCUGCCUGUGCUAGAUGCCCUAGAGCUGCAGGCAGCCAGGGAGGCAUUUGGAAAGCUGGAGAGGGAGUUUGGUAAAGAGUACACCCAGUACAGUCUCCACAAUGUCCAUCUGCAGUACGACUGGGUGAUGGCUCUAGCAAAGCACCCCAAGGUCCUAGAGCCAGUCAGCACAAUCCUCGGGCCAGAUGUCAUCUUGCUUGACUCCCGCUUCAUCUGCAAAUAUCCUGUCGGCGCCACUUCCAAUGGACAGGUGGGAAAUGACAUCACAACUUCUGCCAAGCAGAACAGUGCACUCGACAAUGAGGAGGGGAAUUAUGGGAAAGCUCAUGUUGGACAGCAGGAAAAACCAGGGUUGCCUUUUGUUGCCUGGCACCAGGACAUGAGGUACUGGGGUUUGGCUGGGGGGCCAGUGCUCUCAGUAUGGCUGGCUCUUGAUGACUCUUUGGAGGAAAAUGGAGCCCUGCAGGUCAUUCCAGGCAGUCACUGCUCUGGAAUCCUCCCCCACCAGCCCUCACCCCACUCAGGAAACAUGCUGUCUGUCAAUCAAGAGAUCCCAGAGGAGUUGGUGAAAAUUGAUGAAGCUGUACUUUGCCCACUGCUGGCAGGGCAGAUGUCUGUGCAUGAUGGACUGCUGAUCCAUGGCAGUGACCCCAACACGUCAGGAAGAAGGCGUUGUGGGUUUGUCAUACGUUUUGUCCCCACCUGUGCCUAUCCCAUUCAGGACCCGGAUCGUCCUCGCAGUUUCAAUGCCACAGUGCUGGUUUGUGGCACUGACAAGUUCAGGAAUUUUCCCAACAAUACCCAAGAACUGUAGAAGGCUGUGUGCACCACUAUUCAGUGCCUGAUCCUUCCUUGAAGAUGGCUCUUCAUAUCACUCUGCUGAUGUAAUUAUUGUUUCAGCGAGCCUAUAUGCCAUAGGCUGUUUGACAUUCAUUUUGUUGGCGUUGUCUAUUAUACCAAGCUUUGUUUUCCGCAUGUGACUUUAUGUGGCAGAGAUGCACACUCUUCAAUAACUCAGGAUUCUUUUUUUUUAAUCUGUGGCAUGGCUUGUAUAGGAUCUUAAGUGUUUUUCUAUUAUUUAUCAAAUGACAGUGCUAAUGCUAGAUUCAUCACAAUUGAGGUGGAUGCCCAGGCCUAACUUGUAACCAUGUUCUGCUGAUUCCAGAGAUCAUAACAAAUAUGUUCACAUGCAGUACAGACAGAAUCUCCUUUAGUGUUAUGAUCUCAUGAAUAAUGGCAAGACUUCAUGAAUCUGUGGUAGUCACAAAAUUGUAUUUAAUGAUUAUUUGACUGCUACAGUCUGAUGUAUGUAUGUUAAUCAUUUCAUAAUUAGCAACACUUGCUGAAUCCAACAAUGGCCUCAACUUUAUUGUUCCAUGCUAAAUAUCAAGUUCAUUAUGUAUUCUUUUUCUGCUUCCAUACAAUAAAAAACACUAAACUCCAAUAUCAAGCCAAUUAGCUGUAUGUCUCAUCAUCGUUUACAUGGAUGCAAAUAUACCUCAGGAUUAUUAUAUUGAAUGCCUUAAGGUAGUUAACUGACUAUACUGGUUUGACAACUGAAGCUGGGUACUAAUAGCUGUCUUUUGUUCGAUAGCUGAUAUUGAACAAAAGGCGAUUUUUAGAUAGCUGAAAGCUGAUAGAUAGAAUGUCUGUUACAAAAAUGCAUUAUGAUGCAGUCCCUUUAGCUAGCAAACAUUAGCUACAUUGUUUUAAAAUAUAUGUGGACUGAAAAUAUCCAAUUUGAGCAUCCACAUAUGUUGCAUGGCUGCACAUGUGAUUUA